AUGCGCCUCAAGAUACUAGGCCUCUUGAUACCACUAGCUCUCUUGACACUAUUCGCUCGGCUGGUUAGUGCUGGAUACCACUUUCAGAUCAAUGUACAGCGGAUGAAGCCCAACUCUCUCUGCCCUGAGGGAAAGACAGGAAAGCGGGUGGUCAUCAACUCCAAAGAAGGCCACAAUUGCUACACCUGGAAAGAACACGAGGUCUUCAACGGCUUUGCCUACGGAGUGGCAGGGUAUAGCGAAUGGAAAGCACCUAAGCCAGAAGAAUACGGACGUUGUAUCAUCCACAGCUAUGAAGGCCCAUUCUGUACGGGAAGGUACCUCGGGGGCAUCGAUCACGCGAAUGUUCCGACGCAGCCGUGGGCAGCAGGCAUCGGAGGCUGCUUUCAGAGUCAAGUGGAUCCGUCCGACCCUUACGAUCGGCCAGGAAUGACACGAAGCAUGAGCCUGACGUGCCACAAGAAGGCAGACCGAGGGCUCCUGAUAAAAUAA